ACGCGAUCAGCCACUCUUAACGCCCACAGCCAGAUUCCAUCAAUUCACCUGGCUUUUCACAGCACUCUUUUGAACAGAAAAACCAUUUUUGGUAUUUCUAGCCUUUCUAUUGCCGAUUUAAGCCUACGAUAAAUGGCAGAGAUCCCAGACAGGCUGCUUAUAUUUAGGCAUUCAAACCACAUCCAACUUUCCAUUUAUUCCCAUUCAUCCAACAAAUAUUUUUACUCAUUCUAAUACACUCAUAACCACAUCAGAAUAUCGAUAUACCAGCUUCACGAUGCUUCAAGAACUUCCAGAUGAGCUUCUUCUGGUGUUCGGGGAGUUUGUCUGCCAAUCUUCCUUGGCUGUUCUUUGUCGAGUGUCAAAGGACUUCAAUGAGCUUUUCACCCCUCUUCUGUACCGGAACAUCCAAAUGGAUAAUGUGCCUGUGGAUCUCUUCAAGAAGAUAUUCCAGGGUCUUCAUGUUCGCCAUAUCAGACAUCUGGGUCUAACGAGUUCACCCUCAUAUAGAUACGAAAACGAGAGAAAACCAACAUUGGAUGGGAUGCUAUCAUCCAUACAGAAUUUGAAAUCACUGAAAUCUUUUGAUGCUGGUGAGUUCUUCAGUCUUCGUAGGAAGGAGGAAGACCAUAUCACAAAUUAUACCCGUCUACUGCAACAGCUGGCUGGCUUGGGCACAAUUCGUGAUCUCAGUCUUGACAUCUCAUCAUCGCAUAUCAGUCAUGGUGCGGUUAUUCCUCGCUUCAGCAAUCUUCAACGGCUUUCGUUGACUCUGGGCCGAGAAUUUCCUGGGUACUCGAACACGGAUGAAGCUAUCGCGGAAGUGUUGCUUUCAUCCCCGGAUCUCACUCACUUAUGUUUGAGGACCGAUGAAUCAUAUGGAGAGGAUGUUCCAAGUGCUCUCAUGUGCCUCAUCAAGAUUUACGAGAAGAAGCGCAAACAGCGAUCCUUGUCUCCUUUGAAGCUGACACAUUUGCAGCUGGAAAAUGGUUAUCUCCCGUGCCCUGGCCUGCACAAGCGACAUGGCUACAGUGUAGACUACCUGUCGCAUCUCACAGAUCUGACAACUCUCCGCUCCCUAGGGCUAGUUGACGAUGAUGUCACAGACAUGUUUAAUGAGCUCGACCAUGGCGUUGAUCCGCAGGUCUUCGCCAAUGCCAUUCAACUGCACCGCUUAACAAUCGGAUCUUACACAGAGGAAAUUGAGCAAUUGGUCGAGCUUCCCCAUUUGAAAGAUACACUGUCAGAGAUUGAAAUAUCUCAAUACUAUGACGAAGAGGGCUGUGAGGAUCAAAUUACCGCUGUUUUUCGAACGACUAGGCCAUCAGUGAAGAAGCUCGUUCUGGGUGGUGGAGUAAGUAAAUGUCCUGGCGAGGCAGUCAAUAUCAUCAAAGAAACUGUCCUCAAAAUGCCUCAGCUUGAGAUGUUUGCAACACCAAUAACACGGAGAUCCUAUGACAUGGUUAUACAGCAGGUGCUUCUGAAAAUGCAGAACCUGACCUCCUUGUUUCUCUUGGGAGAAGUAGCAUCAAUUAUUAAUCGCAGACGAUUGAGUGAAAAGAAUGAGGAGAGUAGGUGUGCCAAAGAGGCCAAAAGAAUCUUCAAUAUCAACCGAAUUCUAGUAUUCAGGAAGGAGUUUCGUCCGCUGCGCGUUGUGGGCGUCGGCACACACAUCUUCGUCUGUCAUCUUCUUAGCCCACACUUCGAUGAGAAAAGCCAGGAGGAUGUGUUUUCAGUCAAGAAAGCUGAGACGCUUACGUUGGCAUGGUACAAAGUGGUCAAGUUAUCUCAAACUGAAACCCUAGCCUUCAAAAGCAUCAUUGAGUUGUCACGUCGCUGUCGGUAAUCGUCCUAUCAUCGUUGGGUCUAAUUUGAAGAUAAAAUAGACCGCGUCCUAGUCUUGAGCAGCGCAAAGACGAAUUUUGCUAGAACUGGU